GACCUGUGUAAGAUGAAGAAUAAAGAACAAGCAGGCCAAACGGCGCGUCGCGAGUAAAACGCGACAAGAACGAGCGCCGUCACUGUCACUUACCGUGACUUGAGCGUCUACAGUUGUCUUUCCGCUUUUGGAGGCUCAUUGGAACUCAUGCAUCUCUGGCAUGACCGAUUACUCAGUUUUUGCGAGCUCUGACUUUGAUCCAAACGAGUAUGCGAACGCAGUUCUAGCAGGCGAAUCAUACCCUCCACAACUCGGAAACUUAAAGUCCAAGUCUACGAAGACCACCGGACUUGCACCUGCUAAUGAAGACAUCUCCGUUGCAAUUUCGAAGUUGAACUUCAAUAUUGAGGAUGUGGAGAAGCAACUGAAGAAUGUGGUAACAACUCAUCACGAGGAACUGCUCGUGCAAGCGGCAGGUGUGACUGAGCUUGAGGGGUCCUUGGGUGCUGUACGGGGAGGCCUGAACGAUUUGGAUGGGACUCUUGACAAGCUGCGGCUCAAGAUUCGUGCGCCAUACAAAGCUCUGCAAAGCCAAGUCUCAAAACUGGAACGGAUACAGCAAGCGUCUGACAUCCUCAGACGAACUUCACGUUUCGUCAUUCUAACGAGACGGCUGGAGGUCCAACUGGCGGAAAUGGACAAGGCUGAAGCAGCAGAAAGCAAAGCUGAUACAGACGUGAAGAAACCUGUGAACGGUGACAGUUCACAUUCGCUGUCUUCUCACGCACUCGAAAAUGAAGACGAGAAAGAACGGACGAUUGCCAAAGCAGCUUUGACCAUAGCCGAGUUGACUGCAUUACUGGAACCAGAAUCUGAAGCAAGCAAUGAGCCGUCUUCGUUUAAGGCCAUUCCGUUGUCCUCCAUCAAUGCCGUAUCAACCCAUUUACCCUAUGUUGAGACAGCACGUUCUAGGAUAACGGCAGACAUGGAGUCUAUGGUUAUCACCGGCCUUGCUACUCUGAACCAGUCCAUGUUGGCUUCAUCCCUCCAGACCGCACACAACCUCCGAGUGCUCCCAGACCUAGUGAACAACCUCGUAUCCGACCUUUCGGAUGCGGUCGAGGGAAGGAUCCGAUUUGCCUUUGACUUGUCUCGGAUUGCCAAGGAGAUCCUAGCGAAAGAUCCAGCAGCCACGACUCAAAGCAGUAUGCUGUACAAGUCCCGGGUACGCACUGAGCCUACCAACGUGACAGCACCACAAUGGACUGCCGCUCUUUGGAGUAGUUUGGAAAGUCUCGUCGAGGAGAUGGCUGACUGCUGCGUGAAGGUCUACACCUUGGAGAAAGUUCUCAAAGUGAAGAAAGAUCCUGUAACACAGGUGCUCUUCUUGGAUGAGGCUAUGAAGGUAUUAGAGAAUAGACCUAGUGCGAUCUUCUGGGGUUCACUUGGCCGAUCAUUGGAGAAGCAAACUCGUGACGCAGCUAAAGCCUCCACCUUCCUUCAGCAAACACUCAGUGCCGGAUACCCUCGUUUGCUCCGUCUCUUCCACUCGUUCUUUGCCAAGAUCGCAGUGCAUACGGACACCGUAUAUACCCAGUCUCAACAAAGCCCUGAGACGAUCCUAGUCCUCCGAGCACUCUCCAACUUUGAAUCCCUCUACCUCUCACGAUCAUCCAACCGUCUGAAUGAAGCUGUGGGCCAAGCCUUCGCAGGAGGCGUACGUUUGCCACCUGGUAUGAACGAGGGAAUCAACCUUGCGCGCACCAUUGCGAAUGAGUUAGACUCAGCAAAAUUCGAUCCUUUACUCGUCAAGUCGGUCGCAAAAUAUGUGGUGUCAUCCUUGGAUAUGUUCCUCAAUAGGAUUGAUGGCAUGAUAUCGAAAGAAAGGGCUGCCGUGACUCUCAUUGGUCCUACUGCUACGCCUCAGCAAAUGUCAAACGGGCAGCUCGGGACGUGUUUGUAUCAUUGCUACACGCGCCUUGAGAAGUUGGAAGAAGAGUAUACCGACAACAUUUUCGCUGUGCUGAGACCAAGUAUUGAAAGAUUGCGAACUGCAUUUAACCGACUUGUAGACCCUCUUCUCGCGGCCAUCCGACGUGAAUUAGGUGCCAUCAUAGCCAAGUUGCACCGAAUGGAUUUCGGUGAUUCUAUGGAUCGCGUGAGCACUGGUGGACCUAGUCCAUAUAUGAAGGAUCUUGUCGAAAGGCUCAAUUAUAUCAAGUCGGACGUUCUCAGUCAGUACAAUGUCGGAGAGGUCGGUCAGGAUUGGGCUCUGUCGAUUGUGAAGUAUGUGAUCAAGACAUUUGUCUUGCAUGCUUCCAUAGCCAAGCCUCUAGGCGAGAGUGGAAAGCUGCAGCUGACGAGUGACAUGACUGAACUUGAGUUCGCUUUGAGUGCGCUAAUGACCGACAAGGGACAAGCCAAGGCGGGCUCGAAUUGGGAACGGAUUGGUGACGACUACCGCGUCCUCAGAGCAAUGAGGUUUGUGAUCAGGUUCUCUAUCUCAGAGACAAUUCUGAUCAUGCAAUCACAGACCGCUCUUGUUCCUAGAGAACAGCCAGCUAGCGUCUCCUCAGCAUACGGCGGCUCUUCCUCCUUUGAUCGUGCUCCAUCAUAUUCUCGUCCGGUCCCCUAUUUCUCUCCCCCAUACUUUGCAUGGAUGGGCAGAAGCAGAGUAUGUACGUUGGGUGGAUGAGCAUUCUGAACAAGAGGCUUGGUCAUUAGUCGAGGGCGAUUUGUCGCAUUGGGAAAAGGUGACAGAAGCUGAAGGGCAUGACCCAUCGUCUGCGAUGGAAUAUGUCCAAUUAGCUCGUACUGUACUAGCUAAUGCUGCUAAUACUACUGCAUAAGUUAUACCCUGUUGUAUUGUACCUAGUAACUUACAUGAUAAUCCUGUCUGAACAUCUCUUUCAUUUCGGCCGAAGAUCAUUUCGAUCA